AUGGAGAAGAUUACGGAUAAGCUCGCGGCUCUGCCGCCCGAUGGCCGUUACUUUUCGCUCGAGUUCUUCCCGCCCAAGACGCAGAUGGGCUUCGCCAACCUCCAGAACCGUCUGGAGCGCAUGGCCAGCGCCCUUCGUCCGCUGUUCGUCACCGUGACCUGGGGCGCCGGUGGCAGCACCGCGUCCAAGUCGCUCGAGCUCGCCGAGCUGACCCAGCGCCAGCUGGGCCUUACCACCUGCCUGCAUCUGACCUGCACCAACAUGAGCCGCUCGCUUGUUGACGAAGCCCUCGAGCAGGCAAAGGCCCUAGGCGUGCGCAACAUCCUAGCCCUCCGUGGAGACCCGCCCCGUAGUGAGGAAUACCGCGAGGGCGAGGCCGAUAAGGAAAACGACUCGAACAAGGAUUUUACCUGGGCUGUCGAUCUGGUGCGCUACAUCCGCGCCAAGUACGACGACUACUUUUGCAUUGGCGUCGCCGCGUACCCCGAGGGUCACUCGGACCAGUCGCACCCGGACAAGCAGGAUCCCAAGUUUGACCUGCCCUACCUAAUCGAGAAGACCAAGGCCGGGGCCGAUUUCAUCAUGACCCAGCUGUUUUUCGACAUCAAGGCGUACGAGGAAUUUGAGGACAUGCUUCGCAACGAUCCCUCGGGAGUGUUCAAGACUAUCCCCAUCAUUCCUGGGCUGAUGCCGAUCCAGAGUUAUCAGAUCCUCCGCCGCACAACCAAGCUCAGCCACGCCAAGUUGCCGCCCGCGAUGCUCGCUCGUCUUGAUGCAGUCAAGGGUGACGAUGAGGCAGUGAAGAGUGUGGGAGUGGACAUACUGAGCGAGAUAGUCGAAGAACUCAAAACGCGAUCAAACCCAGGUCCGAGAGGCUUCCACUUCUACACGCUGAAUCUGGAAAAGGCAGUUGCUCAUAUAGUCGAGCGCUGCCACCUGAUAACUGCUACGUCGCCUAAUGAGGACGAGGAAGCGGUGACCAUCGAAGACAUCCCCGUGAACGGUGGUGGACCGAGUGAUUCUCUUAAAGUCAAGAAUAGGAGACGUCUGUCUUCGGCGAACUCGACCCCGCAUAAUCGAGUCGUAGUGGACCGCCCGUCCACGUCUAGCAACAAGAGCUACGAAGCGCUUGCAGACGAAGCAGGUGUUCCGAAGGACAAGAUCAUGACUAGAGCCAACACGCUAGCGAUUUCAGAAGGGGAGGGAACAUUGGGCAGGGAAGCCACCUGGGAUGACUUCCCGAACGGUCGGUGGGGAGACGCAAGGUCACCAGCGUUUGGCGAAAUUGACGGCUACGGAGUGUCGUUGCAUGUGUCGAUUCCGCAAGCAAUUAGGCUUUGGAAGUACCCGACAACCGUGGAAGACAUCUCCGACAUUUUCCGGCGCCACAUCGUUGGCGAGCUCGAGGCGAUACCUUGGAGCGAAGAGGGGCUGAACCCGGAGACAGAGACGAUCCGUGAACAACUGCUUAAGCUUAUUGCAAAGGGGUGGUGGUCCGUUGCGAGCCAGCCGGCCGUUAAUGGUAUCAAAAGCACGGAUGCGAUAUUUGGCUGGGGCCCCAAGAAUGGCUAUGUCUUCCAGAAGCCCUUCGUGGAGUUCUUCCUCUCUUCAGCUGACUGGGAGAAGCUGCAAGCAAAGCUGGAUGAACUACCUGACGUGACGUACUUUGCGGGCAACCACGCAGGAGAGUUUUCGUCCAAUGACGAGGAUUCGGUCAACCCGGUAACUUGGGGAUCCUUUGCAGGUAAAGAGAUUGUGACGCCUACGAUUAUCGAGUCAGUUUCCUUCCGGGCGUGGCUCGAGGAGGCGUUCAGCAUCUGGUCAGAGUGGCGGCAUAUCUACCCGCCUCGGUCGGCAACGGCAAACCUGCUUGGGCAAAUCCGGGACGACUACUGGCUAGUCAACAUCAUCCAUCAUGACUUUGUGGAAAAGGACGCUCUCUGGCGCCUCCUUCUGGACGAAUAG